AUGCCUGGCGAACGCACACCCCUCCUCCAACAACCCCAUACAUCCAUUGGUUAUGACAACGAGUCCACAGACGGGCCUGUAGAACCCCUUACAGUCGCUGAGGGUCUCGACCAACUCUCAACCAUCCCAAUUCAGUCCUUGAACCUAGGUUCUGUCCUAUCUGGAAGAAGAUCCGACUCGAAUUCGAUCUCCCAAUCUCAGCCAGAAAUACCACCCAUCGACUAUGCGUUCUCAUUGGUUCUUCUUCUCCAGUUACGACACAUAAGAACGACUUCGCGGCCCGUUGGAACAGACCUUUAUUCAAGGUGGAACCAUGGAGAGGCUUUGCAGCAAGAUGUUAAGAGCCUCGAAACUUUAGUUGACGAGCUCUGGAGGGACUUCAAGUCGAGAUAUAGAAGUGAACAGGACAUUGACUGCGUUCUGUGGUCAUCUUUUCAUGAGGACGGAACUGGGGCUCAGCGGUUGAAAGCUGUCGACUAUUUGACUCGUCCUGAGCCACCUUUGGGGCUUUUAACGGAUUCAUUAAUUGAGGCAGCGUUGCACCGAAGGUGGAAAUAUGGCCGCUCGUAUUCGACGCCCGCCGCCUUGCCGCUCUUGAAGCGUCUGGAAACAGCUGUAGCAACACCGUGGAGUCUGCAUUUUAUGGCCGUGGCCUCCCACUUCACAUAUCUGAUUCUCCUUGCAUCUUAUCUCCUCUAUCCUCCCGAUCGGGUGACCACACAGUUGGGCCACUACCCGCGGAAGCCCAGGCUUAUUGCACUACUCGUGUUCCUUGCAGCCAACACAUUGUCCUCGCUAGCAGCAAACAGGACGCUGCAAGCUGCAGCCGUCCUUGUCUUCGGUCUUUCCUUGCCGAAAUGCCCCCAGCCAGAAGACGGCUACUUCGAGGCUUUACUCCUCAUUUUCGGGUUGCACAUCCUGUUCAUCCACCUGCCCACUGUCCCGACCCCGGCACUGCUUUUCUCCCCGCCAAACGCGGUUCCAUUAUCGGUUUUCAUAGUCCGCAACAUUGCCAACAUAUUGCCAUCCAUGACGUUCUUUGGACCAGCGCUUUUAGUGUCGCUGGUCCUGCUUUCGUACUCUUUGGACGGCGCCUAUCAAGGAUCCUCAAGCAAUCGCAUUUAUACCGCCUUACGCACGUUUUCAGCAUCGCCGAUGGAAACCAGAUGGGCGUUUCUUGCCAUCGUGGUUACCCUGUUCUUGCUCUGGAUCAUCAGCGUAUUCAUGGCGAGCAUCAUCAUCCCAACCCUAAAUGGGCCUGGGUCCGAAUCAGAAGCAUCCCCCAGUGCAUGGGAUAGAUAUGGUAUCACACCUGGUAGACAGGCGAGAGUCACAGGUGCCCUCGCUUGCUCUAGGUUCGAUGGACCUUAUAUCUUCCCUUCGCCACUGAACCUGUUCGAAUUCGCCUUUGUGACUCCCGUCGAGCUCAGCGCUCGCGUUUUGAAGCUCAAGCGGGAAUCUAUCUAUCGGUGGAGAGUUUGGGUGUGGCGUAUUGUCGUGCUUCCGUUACUCUUGCCAAUAUAUUUUAUUUCUGGAUUACUAUGUUAG